UAUCCGGAGUUCUUUAUCAUUGUGCUCCAGUUUGAAAUACACCCUGGUUUGAGCGAAUAAGACAGAGCUGCAUUAUAGGAAACAAAUACGGGAGAGCGAUGUGCCCUUAAAUUAAACGGAACACGUUCUUCACAACUGAGGAAAGAAGAUUUUAAAUAGUUGUGAUUUCACUGAAGAAGUAUCUGGUUAAUACAAUACCCGUGGAGAGAAGCAAGAACCAUUCAAAUCUUUAAAAACAAACAAACAAAACAAAACAAAAAAACAAAACAAUAUAAAGUGAAAAUGGUUUCCGCGGGUUUGGAGAUCAUGGGUUUAGCGCUGUGCGUUAUCGGCUCGUUACUUGUGAUGGUGACAUGCGGUCUGCCCAUGUGGAAAGUGUCAGCAUUCAUCGAAAGCAACAUCGUCACCGCUCAAACCAGCUGGGAAGGACUGUGGAUGUCCUGCGUGGUACAGAGCACGGGCCAAAUGCAAUGUAAGGUGUACGACUCGGUGCUCGCGCUCACCACUGACCUACAGACUGCGCGAGCACUCAGCAUCAUCUCCUCCGUACUGGGCGUAUUGGGCUUGAUGGUCACGAUUGCCGGUGCGCAGUGCACAAACUGCAUCAAAGCAGAAACAGUGAAAGCUAGAGUGGUGAACGCCGGUGGGGUGAUCUACAUCAUAAGCGGAGUGUUCGCCCUGGUCCCUUUGUGCUGGAUGGCUAACAACAUCAUCUCGGACUUCUACAAUCCUAAUGUCCCAACGUCGAAGAAGCGAGAGAUUGGGGCCGCGCUCUACAUUGGAUGGGCGGCCACCGGACUGCUACUGCUUGGCGGUGCGAUGCUGUGCUGCUCCUGCCCCGCGUCUGAAAACUCCUCUUAUUCAGUCAAAUAUGCGCCAACGAAAAGAGCCACGCCGAAUGGAGACUAUGAUAAAAGGAAUUAUGUUUAGCUUUCACUCCGGCACCUGUUUAAUUAGUGGCUAUCCGUUUCAUCUUUUGACAUAAAAUGAUCUUCAACGUUUUGCACCUGAAAUUUGAACUGUUUGAACUGAAAAUUAUGUAAAGUUUUACAGUUCAGCCAACUCGCAUUAUAAUAUACAAAAUUACGGAGACCGUUGUAACCCGCUUAUAGUAGACACGUUUUGGAGAUUAUCCAACUAUAUGUCGAGCAUAUCCAUACAGUAGUGAUAUGACAGAAACACAGAUGUUUGUAUUUUAGGUACCUGCAUUUCUAGUGCAGAGCUCGUGUCAUAAAUGUUACAUAGAAACUUUUGUUGGAUUUUAGCUUUAGCGUUUUGAAUUGUUCACCUUUGUACAGACUAUUCGAGAUGUUUCUUUUCAGAAGGGGAAGGGGUCAACGCUGAAAGAACAUAUAUCCGCUUCAUUUUAUAUGCAUUUGUGAAUACAGCCACGACGUGAAUAGCCUACGCUGUACAGCUUCUCGCAGCAAAUAGAUAUCUUAUAUUUCACAUGGAUUUUCUGAGAUAAAAUAUAAUGUCCGUAAUGGCUGGAGCCCACAGGGAUCUAUUUUUGCCUGAAUUUGUGUGUUCAGGAUUUCCCUCCAAAGGUUUUAAUGAAUAUCCAAUAGGGUCGCGAUCAAGACAGCGACAUUAAUUUGCAAUUCAGUAUAAACCUCAGGUAUGUUUAAAAUAACGGGGAAUACAUAAGUAUAUUUUUCUUUUCUUUUACCAGAAGAUGGCAAACAAUGUUGUUAAGUAUUAUUGUAGGAAAAAAAUACACAAGCAUAUAACCUAGGUUACUUGCGUUGUUUAAAUUGGGAAUACAAUGCCGAAUGUGUAAAAAAAAAAAAAAACUCAACUGUGUUGUCUGUAGUUCAGGCCUUUCCAGCAAACUGCAUUCUGUUUCUCUUCCGGAAACAUUUAUUUUUGUAUCUGACGAAAGUUAUGCUGUACUUCGGACUCAUUUGGUUGUGGUGUUAUUAUUUUUUAGAAAUAAACAUACAUUGUAAUUA